ACACAGCAUCAUUGAAAGCAGCUAUCAACACCAUGAAUGGGGGAAGCUUGGCUCAGCUUAAUGUGAUGGCUGGUGUGAUGAGAACAUCUGUGGCUGGAAUUGAUCAGGCAGAACAAGCAGCAAAAACUGUGGAUAUGGAAGCCAGAGAUGCUACUAUGACUUUGUUGCAGACCAUGACAAACAGCCUGAGUAGUGUAGAGGUGCCUUCUCCACAGGACCUAGUGCCUCUCCUCUCAUCAUCUCUCAGUGCCAUGAGUUCCAUCAUGAAUGGUGUGAGAAGAAUUAUUGAAGGGGAAAAUAUCACCAACGCUCCACCAACAGAUGUGGAAGCAGCAGACAACUGGGACUAUGAGGUUGAUAUUGGUGAUGAUGUGAAUCUUGAAAUUCCAAUUAGUUCAACUGUAAUGCGGCAGAAGAAUGUUAUUGACACUACAAUCAGCAGAGCAAAAGAACAGGUUAAUCAGAUGAUGGAUAUACUGGCAACAUUGGUUCAGGAAGUACGGGAUCGCACUGUGGAUGGGGAGACUGUGGUGGCUGAAGCUCCUAAUGGUGCUUCUAUGAGGGUGGCAAAAAUGUCAGAAUCUGUGCUGUUGGAUGGAAUGAAGGUGGAGAUGGCAAAGGGAGGUGGAACUGCUAAACUUCCUCCAGGGUUCUGUCCAUCUAGUUUUCAGAACAAGGAAGGCUGCAAUAAGAGCUUCUCCCUCACAGCCAUUGAGUGGCCAGGCAUCACUCAUUCUUAUGUACCCACCUCAGAUGAGCUUUCCCCAAAUACUCGGAUUGUCAGUCUUGACAUAUUCCUGGAAGGGCAUGUGGUGAGUGCAUCAGGUGUGCAGGAAGGAAUCUUCAUUGAAAUUCCAAGAAACUCGAUGGAACUGCCUGAGCCGGUACUGGUGACAGAAAACGAAGCACUUGAGACAAUGGGCCACCACCCCCUUGUCUACCACACUUUUAACGUGACAAAUAAAAAUGCAGCCGUUAACAUUGAAGUCUCAGUUAAUGGCAGUCGAGCAUCUCGAUUAGUGAUACUACUGGGUUAUGAUUACUUGCCAACACCUGCACGCUUUGAGCUGCUGAGUCAGGUGACAACCAUUCCAACCAAUGACAAGGGUGUUCAUGAUUUGCUUCUGACUGGUGACAUCAUUAAGAGUCGCACCGGGCGUUUCUUCGUGGCCAUGGGAUUAGUAAAGGAAGGAGUGGAUGCAGCAGCACUCCAUGCAAACACCACCAUCCUUACUUAUGACAUGUUGGAGCGGAAAAUGGAAGAUUACUCAUUAAGAAUAUUUACUUCUGGGUGCUAUUUCUUCAAUGUAUCAUCAUUAACAUGGUCAUCUGAAGGUUUGGAGGUGGUCAAUGCAACAUAUGAAAGAACAUUAUGUCAGUCAACACAUCUCACAGCCUUUGGUUCCCGCUUCUUCCCAACUCCAAACUCAAUCAGCUUUGAAUUCAUCUUUGCUAAUGCUGGCUUCUUUGACAACACUGCAAUUUACGUCACGCUCGCAGUCACUCUGUUUGUCUUUGUUUGUCUGCUUAUAGUGGCAAGAAUAAAGGACAAACAGGAUGUGAAAAAGCGCGGAGCCACAGCGCUGCCGGACAACAACAUGGAGGACCGCUACCUGUAUGAGAUUGUGGUGUACACUGGCAGUGAUAAGGAUGCCUCCUGUGAAUCCAAAGUGCAGAUCAUUCUUUCAGGUGAGUGUGGAGAGACAGAAGUAAGGACACUGGAGGACAAGAACCGAAAAGUGUUUUGUAGAAAUGGGAUUGACUCAUUUGUGAUGGCUGAACCAAGGCCACUAGGAGACCUGCAGUACCUGAGGGUGUGGCAUGACAACUCUGGUGAGGAGGGCAUGUCAUCCUGGCAGCUGGCCUUCAUCAGUGUUAGGGACCUGCAGACACAGAGCAAGACUCUUUUCAUUGCCAACCGCUGGCUCGCCCUAGAUCGGGAUGAUGGGGAGAUUGAUGUCACUCUCUCAACAUCAAGCAUGGAUGAGCUCACCAACUUUAGCCAUCUGUAUGAGGCCAGCAAACAGCGAGGAAUCAAGGAUCGACACAUUUGGUUUUCUAUGUUUUUUAGGCCUCCCAGGUCUCGGUAUACACGAGUGGAGCGAACGGCAGUGUGUGCAGCAUUUAUCUACCUCUCCAUACUGUGCAGUGCAAUGUGGUAUUCAACUAUCCCAGAUGCACCAAUGGGGGAAGGGUUCUUGAGUAUUGGUCCUUUCUCCCUCACUGCUGAAAAGGCUGUUGUUGGUUUGGCCUCCCUUCUGGUAGUAUACCCAGGGAUCCAGUUCAUCAUCUGGCUAUUCAGAAGAUCAGGUCCACGAGUCCGCCCUUACUCCAGGGCCUUUAGUGCCAGGCACAAGCAAUGUCAGCAGCAGAGAGAAGAGGUUGGUUUGCCGCAAGAGGAGCUGGAGGAACAGACCCGAAUAAGAGACGUUCUUUCCCUUAGCAAUACUGAUGAAAGUCACGGGAGGCCCUUUGUGUUGGGGUGGUGGGGACGUCUCCUGGCCUGGCUGCUGGUGUUGGGAGUGAUUGGUGUCUCAGUCUUCUUUGUGUGGGCAUAUGCUUUGCAGUUUGGUGCUGAGAAGACCAGUCGCUGGCUUACUUCUCUUAUUGUAACAUUCUUGACCUCUAUUCUAGUGGUGGAGCCUCUCAUGGUGGUAUUUGGUGCUGUAGUAGAGGCAUCUUGCUGCAAAAGAAAAAAAUCCUGGCAAGUGGACGUUGAUGAUAUUGACUUUGAUGAGCUGGAACCUGACCUUGAAAUGGAUGAAGAGUGGCAGCAUCUAGAACCUCUGGACCCAACCUACCCAAGAAAAGUCCACAGAAUUCCUGGAAACAAGGACACCUCUAUGUUGGAUGAGCUGCGUGUGAAGCUGAUGAAGGAACGAGAGAUGAAGCUAGUGCUGAGGGAUGUGGGUGCCUACCUGCUGUUUGUGCUUGUGGUGAUGAUCCUUACUUAUGGUGAGAGAGAUGAGUCUUCUUACCACAUGGUAGAAAACUUCAGGAAUGCUUUCAUCAAGGAGGGAGAUCUCAAGUGGGAUUAUAAAAACAAGGUGAAGACUACGGACCACUACUGGCGGUGGCUAAAGGAAGUAAUGCUCAGUGAAUUGAGGGCACAGAAUUGGUACAAUGGGAAGCCACCCUAUGGCCUCAGAGGCUUCCUAGAUGAUCGCCAGAAUAGAAUUAUGGGACAUGCCAUUCUACGGCAAGUUCGCAACAAUAAAAAGUGCAGACCAUCCAAUCAGGUAAAGAUACUUACAAAUGACUGCAGUGGGUGGCGAGGGAUGUUCUUGGAGGACAAUGAGCAUUACUGUGCACACUGGCUCAAGUCUGCUGUCCACACAGGAGCCUGCAGUGUGCCUGAAUUCAAAUACAGCACAGCUGAAGAACUAGAAUCAUUCACUUCAUCAGGACGGCUUGGGAGUUACACAGGAGGAGGCUAUGUGUUGCAUCUGAAGGGUAAAGGUUCAAAGCUGUUAGAGAGACUCAACAAGCUCCAGAACCUGGGAUGGAUUGACAGAUACACAAGAGCUGUCAUGCUUGAGUUCUCUGUCUAUAAUGCAAAUGUUAACUUGUUUGGCAUUGCAACCAUCAUGGCAGAGUUUCACCCUGGGGGAGGCAUCAAACCUUACUGGCGCUUUGACUCCAGUCCAUUCAUUGGCAACUCUAAUGCUUAUGGUAGCUUCAUUCUGCUGAAUGAGUUUGCCUUUGUUGUGGCAACCAUGUUCUUCACCUUCAAGGAGUUUUGGAAGUGUUACAAGAGUGGCCUUGGUGUUUAUUUCAGUAGUUACUGGAAUAUGGCAGAGGUGGUCAUUCUGUUGAUCUCUUAUGCAGCCAUUGCAAUUUAUAUUUUGAGAUAUCUGGAGGUGCAGCGGGUGCUCAAGAUUUUUGACAGAACAUUUGGCAAUGGCUACAUCAGGAUGGAGUAUGCUGCACUGCUGGACCUUUACCUGCUCUAUGCUGUUGGUUUCAUUAUCUUCUUCACUACUGUCAAGUUCAUCAAGCUCUUGCAGUUCAACAAACGCAUGAACCUUUUGGGUCUGACUCUUUCUAAAUGCUGGGAGGAUCUGGAGGUGUUCUUCUUUACCUUUGGUGUUAUUUUCUUUGCUUUUACCACUCUUUUCUUCACCAUAUUCAAUCUUCAGCUGGAGGAAUUUUCAAACUUCAUGGCUUGCCUUCAAAUGAGCUUUGCUAUGAUGCUUGGGAAGUUUGACUUUGAGUCAAUGACACUGGCAAACUAUUUGUCCCCUGUUAUGUUCUUUGUGUUCUCCCUCAGUACCAGUAUGAUACUUAUAAACCUCAUGCUUACCAUCAUUAUCAGGACAUUUACACAGAUCAAGAAUGAACUUAAGGAUAAGCCUAACAAGUACGACAUCCUUGAUUACAUGACUAACAAGACAAUGCUGUUCUUAAACCUCAGGACAGAGAAGACAUUACCUAAUGUUGCCACACCUGUGUUGAAUAAUGAGACCUCUGCUUCCACAGAUACCCCAGCAAGCAAGGAAUUCCCUGAAAAGGUGGACGUCCUUCUUGCUUACAUCAAUGAGAUGUAUUUUAAUGGACAGAUGGAUUUUAAUGAUCCUUACACAAAGAAGUCAAUGAUGGGAAGCAAAUCAGCUAAAUUGUAUGGUAAAUAUGCAGAAAUGAAAUAAGAUUUUGAAAAGAAUUAGAGAAAUUAAUAACUCACAUAUUUCACUCAUAAUAGUUAUCCAGAAAAUAAUUUGGAACAUACACUUUAGAGUUAGAGGUAACCAGAGAAUGAAUGUCUUGAUUUUCAUGGUGUGAAAUUAAGACAAUUUCAGGAUUAAUUGGUGUCUGUUGCAGUGUGCUAAAUGUUUUGAGGUUUAAGUGCUUUUGAUAUGUUGCAAUUAGUUAGAAAAUGAGGAAGAAUUGUUUUCCUGCUGAAUUGUAGCUCAUUAUUUCCAGAUAUUACUACUUACUACUGUGGUCAAUUUCUGUAACAGGUUACAGAACAACAUUACUGUUUGCAUAUGAAGUGUUUGAAUAUUUAAUUGCACAAAAUAGAGAAAAUUGUUACAGGAACAUAAUGCUUAAGAUUAUUAAUUUUUCUUAUCAUCUGCUUUAUGGGAAGAAGGUAACAUGAGGUUUGUGAGGGGAGAGGGUGAAGGAUGGAAGUGAAAGGGUAGUGUGAGGUGUGAGAUAGGGUAGAGGGUGGGGAGGGAAGAAGGGUUGGAAGUAUGUAAGGUGUGAGGGCAAGAAAUGAUGAAGACUGGAGGUGUUUGGGAUGGAGCUUUGAAAAAAUGAAUGGUGAAAGAUUGAAAUAUGAGGAAAGGAAGGCUAAAGAAAUGUGAUGCUUUUUAUGACCCUAUUUUGAUGGUGUGUGUUUGUGUGUUCAGGGUCUGCAUUGUAAGGUGGCUAUGAGUGUAGAUGCAGUAAAGGCAGGUUCACAUGUCCCAAUUUGUAACUGAAAUUGCAAGUCGCUAAAAUAUCGACUGAACCCUUCUAGUCGGUAAAUAUCACACAUAACGACUGGAAAGUAUCGACUAGUUGGUGCCUUGACAGGAAGUGCAUGUAAACAAACAGCUAUUGCCAAACCGUCUUCCUCCAGUGACAAUGCUGAAGCUGUGGUUGCUCUUCUUUUGGCGUA